AUGCAAUCUAGGUUUGAUGCCCGCCAACAAUGGCCAAAGUGCAAGUCUAUCGGCUACAUUCGCGACCAGUCAAAGUGUAAUUCGUCUUGGGCUAUCUCUGCUGCAUCAGCGAUGGGUGAUCGACUGUGUAUUAUAGCGAAUGGAAGUAUAAAUGUACAUAUCUCCGAUACAGAUAUUUUCACAUGUUGUGGAGAAAAGUGUGGAGAUGGAUGUAAUGGUGGAAAUCCUAUCGAAGCAUGGAAUUUCGUUAUCGAGCAUGGAGCUGUCACAGGAGGACGUUAUUUUGAAAUAGAAACAUGCAGACCGUAUCCUUUUCAUCCAUGCGGUAAAGUGGGGCAAAUUGAUUAUGGACAAUGUCCCGAAGAGGGGUAUGAAACUCCAAAAUGCCGCAAAAGCUGUGUACAGAACUACUUGGUUGACUACCUAAAGGACAAACAUCACGGACUCUCCGCAUAUACUGUUGAUAAGGAUGAAAAAGAAAUUAGAAGGGAAAUAAUGGCGAAUGGGCCUGUUCAAGCUACAUUUCUUGUGUACUCGGAUUUCAAAAACUACACAAGUGGAAUAUAUAGGCAUGUGCGUGGCGAACUGGAAGGAAGUCAGUCCGUCAAAAUCAUAGGCUGGGGAUCCGAAGAUGGAACUGAUUUUUGGCUUCUUGCCAACUCUCGGGGAGAAACAUGGGGAGAAAAAGGCUAUUUUCGCAUGGUUCGAGGUGGCAAUGCAUGCGGCUUAGAAGAGCAUGUUGUCGCAGGACAAAUGAAAGACUGA